CUAGCCAAUGGGCGAGGCGGGACGGGUGACGCCCCGGCCAAUGACAGGACAGCGCGGGAGUUUCAAGUCGCUGUCUCCGCCCCGCCGUGGGGGGGGGAAGACUGGUCCUAUAAAGACGGUCGGCUGCGACCUGGGUCUAGUCCCCGUGUGCUCCUCGUCUUGGUGACUUCUGUCUCCGCCAUGGCCCGUACGAAGCAGACCGCCCGCAAGUCCACCGGCGGCAAGGCCCCGCGCAAGCAGCUGGCCACCAAGGCCGCCCGCAAGAGCGCCCCGGCCACGGGCGGCGUGAAGAAGCCGCACCGCUACCGGCCGGGCACCGUGGCGCUGCGGGAGAUCCGGCGCUACCAGAAGUCGACGGAGCUGCUGAUCCGCAAGCUGCCGUUCCAGCGCCUGGUGCGCGAGAUCGCGCAGGACUUCAAGACGGACCUGCGCUUCCAGAGCUCGGCCGUCAUGGCGCUGCAGGAGGCGAGCGAGGCCUACCUGGUGGGUCUUUUCGAGGACACCAACCUGUGCGCCAUCCACGCCAAGCGCGUCACCAUCAUGCCCAAGGACAUCCAGCUGGCCCGUCGCAUCCGCGGGGAGCGCGAUCGUAUUCUAUCCAAUCAGACUGCAAAUCCAGAAACUCUUGUUUUCUGGCCCAAUCAAGACGAAGAUAAGUCUAUAAGUAAGGCCACUAGGCGGCUGCAAGCAGAAGUCGCAAAAAACAUGGCCCGUACGAAGCAGACCGCCCGCAAGUCCACCGGCGGCAAGGCCCCGCGCAAGCAGCUGGCCACCAAGGCCGCCCGCAAGAGCGCCCCGGCCACGGGCGGCGUGAAGAAGCCGCACCGCUACCGGCCCGGCACCGUGGCGCUGCGGGAGAUCCGGCGCUACCAGAAGUCGACCGAGCUGCUGAUCCGCAAGCUGCCGUUCCAGCGCCUGGUGCGCGAGAUCGCGCAGGACUUCAAGACGGACCUGCGCUUCCAGAGCUCGGCGGUCAUGGCGCUGCAGGAGGCGAGCGAGGCCUACCUGGUGGGUCUUUUCGAGGACACCAACCUGUGCGCCAUCCACGCCAAGCGCGUCACCAUCAUGCCCAAGGACAUCCAGUUGGCCCGUCGCAUCCGCGGGGAGCGCGCCUAAGCUAUCUCUGGUUCAUCCCAACAAAGGCUCUUUUCAGAGCCACCUACGUUAUCAAUAAGAGUAGCUGUGUGUUGCACUUGAUUUCUUUUCAA